UCAGCCACAGAAUCCGAAACAAAAAUAAAACCUACGACCAAAAGAACUUCGCUAGCGCCAAAAACUAAAAUUUGAUAAACGUGCCGCGGGAAACAAAUUCGAAAGCGGCAAAAAGAGGUGGAAAAGUUGGGCGGCGGGAGAAGAUAACCCCGGGGGUUCUUACGGCUGCCUGCAUCUAAUGCAAAUUAGCAGCCAAGACGCAAGGAAAAUAAACAAAUAAUUCAGAGACAGAGAAUGAAAAAUAACACUAGCGGGCAAUCCGAGAAUUUGCACAAACGUUUGCCAAAUAUUUUGAGAACCCCGAAAAGUGCGUGCUGUGCUAUUUAAUAGGAAUCGAGAGGAUGAGUGGCUAGAUGACACAAUAUAGUGAAACGGACUGCCAGCAUGCGAAACCAUAACGAGAGGAGACGAACAACCAGGGGAACUUGAUUAAAAUAAUUCAAUUUAGACCGGAAAGCUUGGAGGUGGAAUCAUGUUUUCCUGUCUGAUGGUGGCCAUCCUGCAGCUUGUUAGUGGCGAUCUAACACCCGCUUCAUAUGUGAACACCACAAAUUGGUAUAAUACCAACGAGAGCUUAUUUACCACUGAACUGAACCAUAGAUGGAUUAGUGGUAGUUCCACAAUUCAGCCAGAGGACACUAUAUAUGGCACCGAAUUGCCCACGUAUCAACAUUGCAUAGCCACCCGGAAUUCCUUUGCGGACUUGUUCACUGUGGUGCUUUAUGGAUUCGUUUGCCUAAUUGGAUUAUUCGGGAAUACCUUGGUGAUUUAUGUGGUGCUGCGAUUCUCCAAGAUGCAAACGGUAACGAAUAUUUAUAUACUGAAUCUAGCGGUGGCCGAUGAGUGCUUCCUGAUUGGAAUACCCUUUUUGCUGUAUACAAUGAGAAUUUGUAGCUGGCGAUUCGGGGAGUUUAUGUGCAAAGCUUAUAUGGUGAGCACUUCAAUUACCUCCUUCACCUCGUCGAUUUUUCUGCUCAUCAUGUCUGCGGAUCGGUAUAUAGCUGUGUGCCAUCCCAUUUCCUCACCCCGAUACCGCACUCUGCACAUAGCCAAGAUAGUUUCGGCCAUUGCCUGGACAACUUCGGCGGUACUCAUGCUGCCGGUGAUUCUAUAUGCCAGCACUGUGGAACAGGAGGAUGGCAUUAAUUACUCCUGCAACAUAAUGUGGCCGGAUGCGUACAAAAAGCACUCGGGCACUACCUUUAUACUGUACACAUUUUUCCUGGGCUUUGCCACACCACUGUGUUUUAUCCUGACUUUUUACUAUCUGGUCAUUCGAAAACUGCAGUCAGUGGGUCCAAAGCAUACCACAAAGUCCAAGGAGAAGAGGAGGGCUCAUCGCAAAGUCACUCGACUUGUACUGACGGUUAUUAGUGUGUAUAUUUGCUGUUGGCUUCCACACUGGAUCUCACAGGUGGCCUUGAUCCACUCGAAUCCCGCUCAGAGGGACCUUUCUCGACUGGAGAUACUAAUAUUUCUGCUUUUGGGAGCUCUGGUUUACUCCAAUUCGGCGGUAAACCCCAUCCUGUAUGCCUUCUUGAGUGAGAACUUCCGCAAGAGCUUCUUCAAGGCCUUCACCUGUAUGAACAAGCAGGAUAUCAACGCCCAAUUGCAGGUGGAGCCCAGUGUUUUCACCAAACAGGGCAGCCGAAAAAGGGGUGGCUCCAAGCGCAUGCUGUCCAGCAAUCCGCAGACGCCUCCCCUGUUGCCAUUGAAUACUGGUAACAAUAAUUCAUCGACCACCACAUCCUCGACAACGACAGCGGAGAAAACCGGAACCACAGGGACACAGAAAUCCUGCAAUUCCAAUGGCAAAGUGACAGCUCCGCCGGAGAAUUUGAUUAUUUGUUUGAGCGAACAGCAGGAAGCCUUUUGCACCACCACAAGGAGAGGAUCCGGUGCAGUGCAGCAAACAGAUUUGUAACCCAGUUUAAAUAAAAACUGUCUCUAAAAUAAAACACCAAUUUAACUAUAGCAUAGAUAAUGAAAAACCCUGCAUUUAAAUUAUGUUGUACUCAUUAUUACCUAAA